CUAUAAAACUAUAUCCCAAUUCUCUAUUAAAACAAGCUUGCUCACAGCAAAAUCUCUAUCUCCUGGUUGCUUUGUAUUUCGAUUGAAUUUGGUACUAAGAUAUGCCUGUCGAUUGGCUGACAUAAUCACUGUUGCGGUCGUAAAAACCAGCAAUCGUCAUCUAUUCAAUUCGAAACGUAUCGUUAUCAUGCCAACGUUCCACUAGAGAUUGUGCAACGUUAUCGAUACUAAAGCACUAAGGAAGAAUGGUUUGUGGAAUAUCUUAUAUGCUUCUAUGGUUUCGGAACAUUGAUCGAGAUAAUAGGGCGCAUCGAUAGAUAUACACGACAUAGGGCUCUCUGUGCUUCACGAGCCUAGUGACUCUAUCGCAGAGUAAUAAGUCUUUCCAAAAACCUGCAUAACAUCAGCUAAUAUUAGCUUACCAUAGUAUUGUCUUUGUCCAUGGCUUACAAGGCCAUCCUCGAAGAACUUGGACAACAAAAGAAAUACGUGCGCAAAACCAUCAGAGCAAAGACGUACCAAAUACUGCCUCUCCCUCACAAGCCACGACUACAGACGAAUCUCGCCGAAGCCUCAGAAAUAUAUUUUCUAGAGGCAAAACCAAAGCUAAAGUUUCUCAGACAAGACCAACUGAACAAGAGGUAUACUGGCCUUUGGACCUUUUGCCAAAUGAUUGCAAUAACACGAGGAUAUUCACUUGGGGUUAUGAUUCUGUCGUUGCCAAGUUCUUUAGAGGUCCGACAAACAAGAACAACAUAUUCGCAUAUGCAAAGGAUCUUCUUUACUUGCUAAGCAACAAGCGUCUGGAUUGCGUACGUUUCCUUCAUCUUUGAAUCAUCGUGUUACUAAACAAAACUGCUUUAGAAAGGACGUCCCCUUGUCUUUAUUGCACAUUCUAUGGGUGGUGAGUGGAUUUUCCGAUUGCAUGACGAUAAAUUUGCUGACGAUGACUAGGAAUUAUCGUGAAAGAUGUAAGCCAAUUCCUGUUACGUCGCCGCUCAUGAUAAGCCAUCAUAAUCGAGGCUAUUGACCGUCCCUCUAGGUGAUACGGCGCGCUGCGAUUGAACCUGAUAAGAAUCUGAAUGAUAUCUAUCUUUCUACGAUAGCAAUUUUUUUUCUUGGUACCCCUCAUCGCGGUAGUCAGAUGGGUGAACUGGGUGAGGUUGUGCGCAGAAUCGUGUCCGCUGUGGGCUUUAGUACGAACGAUCAAAGCAUCCGGAACCUUCAAAUUAACAGUUCGGACCUCGAAAUCAUCCAUGAAGGGUUCAUUUCUUUAUAUGAGAGGCCGGAUCGACAUUUUGAGGUUUGCACAUUUCAAGAAGCACAGGGAAUGACAGGACUGAGUUACGGGACACUUGAUCAUAAAGUCAGUUCUAAUCCGCCCUUCCUUGCAUUUUCACUAAUCAUCUCCAUUCCAUAGGUCGUUGAGAAUGUCUCUUCAAUUCUUACGGGAACUGAGCGAAUUCAGACUAUCAAUGCGAAUCAUAUGUCCAUGUGCAGAUUUGCUGACAGGACCGAGGAUGGUUACCAGAAAGUGGUGGGUGAACUGCAACGAUGCUUAUCACUCAUAAAGGUAAAACCACUUGUAAGAAGUACGGACAAUGAAAAUACUGGAUUACCAUCGAAGGAGUCACCCAGUCAAAAGACUUUUGCAUCCUCGGCCUAUUGUACGUGCUGCAAUUCUAGAUUUACAGAGAAAAGACUUGAGCUAAGAGAACCAAGCACUGAACGAGACUGAACUUCUUUGUAUAUCUUUAUUCAAUAAGCCAGAUAUAUUGGAGUAUCAGUCUACUUUACCUAGCCGCAUCGAGGGCACUUGUGAAUGGGUGCUCUCUAAUCCACAAUAUGUUCGUUGGUUAUCAGAAAAAGAGGCCUGUCUUUUGUGGGUUAGUGGGCAUUCUGGCAGUGGUAAGACUAUCUUGUCAGCAUUUCUACUCGAAUAUCUUGGAUCUAGCAUCUCUUCAACGAGUACCAAGUUGAUUGUUUGCUGCUUUUUCUGUGAUGAAAAAAUCGAAGCGCAGAGAGAUGCGAAAGCCAUUAUUCGUAGUCUCAUCUAUCAGAUUAUUGUACGACGACGUGUCUUGAUAAAACAUGUGAAGGCGGCUUAUGAUAUGCAAGGAGCUCAUUUGACAGAUAACUUCAAUGAACUCUGGAGAAUAUUUACGGCUAUAACAAAUGAUCGAAAAGCCGGCCAUAUAAACGUCAUUGUUGAUGCUAUCGAUGAAUGCGAAGAGAAUACGAGAGAUCGCUUGUUGAGAGCAAUUGCAUCAUUUGUGGGCCAAAAAAGUUCUUCUGGUACACAUGCUAUAAAAUUUCUAAUCACCAGCCGACCUCUAUUGUGGCGUCAAUAUGCAUUGGCGCGCGAACGCACCGGGCAUACUCUAUCAAUUGAGAACCUCGACUCGAACAACGAAAGCGAUCUUCAUUUAGUCAUACGGACAAGAAUUGAUGCCAUAGUAAGAAGGACGCAGUGCCGCCCUGAAACAAGGGAGUUUUUGGAACAUGCUUUAUAUUCACGAGCCGACCAAACGUUCCUCUGGGUGACUGUAAUUCUCCAUAUCCUAGAGAGAACAUACCUUGCCUCCCAACAUGACUUUCAGCGAAUCAUUAAUAAACUCCCAAAGGGCUUAACAGCUACUUACGAGCGCUUUCUACUGAGCAUUCCCUCGGAUUAUCAGGACAUAGCAAAUAAGCUGCUGCAUUUUAUUGUUGGCAGCAUGCGCUCACUCUCACUAGACGAACUUCGAAUCUUACUGGCUAUCCAGCCACACCAUCGAAAUUUGGAGCAAGUCGAGGAGGAGUGCCAGCCUAAUAUUAGCGAAACUAUCCAGGGCAUACUAGGUCCAUUGGUACGAAUAUCUGAUAACAAAAUAUCACUUGUGCACCAGUCUGCCAAGGAAUUCUUGCAAAACCUUUGGACUAGGAAGGACAAUCCUUUAUCUCAAGUGUUCGGCGUUGAAAUCGAGAAAGCCAACUUUCUAUUGACUGAGGCAACGAUGUCAUAUCUUCUAUUGGAGGAUUUUGCGGUCGAUAAGUUCGCGUAUGCGACUGAUAUUGACCCGCCUGGGAGUGUACAACCUGAGAACAAGGAUACUGUCUGGGACGCAUUCGAACUCGAGGAAGAUAUUACUCUCCAAGAAAUUGAAUAUACAAGCUACCACACAUACCAAGAUAUCGCUGAUGCUCAUACUCUUUUCGAUUACUCUGCUCGAUAUUGGUCAGAGCACUAUUCGAGAUCAGGAUCAGCAAAGAUAAGUGCUUUCAAGUCUGCCUUCAGUCUACUGAACAUGAGUCAGAAUUGUUCUAAGAAUUGGUUUCGUUACUUUUGGUUCUUUACAGAACCAGAGUGGUUAUACCCAUCUAACUUUGAUACAUUGAUUGCCGCAUGCUACUUUGGUUUUGUCGAAAUACUGGAUGCGUCAUUAGCGAGAGAUUAUAAGCACGAUCAGACCAUCACAGAGACGGCUAUGUAUUGGGCAUCUAGAAAGGGCAACAUGGAAAUUAUUGAUGUUCUAAGAACUCGGAUCUGGCACGGCAUAAAUGUCUCAAUAGCACUACACCCUCUGAUCGUUGCAGCUCAAUUUGGAUGUCUGGAAGUUGCAAAACUGCUUCUCAAUCUUGAUAAGAUAGAUCCAAAUGCACAAGGCAUUGGGGGCCGAGAUUCAUUGUCACUUGCGGCUAGCAAUGGUCAUAUUGAUAUCGUCAAAACAUUGCUUGAAGAUUCUCGCGUAAAAUUGGACGUUCAAGAUGUGAACAAAUGGACACCGUUCUUUUGGGCCGUUGGCGGCAAGCACUUAGAUAUCGUGCAGUUGUUCUCACGAAACCCCGGCACAAACAUCAAUCAUGUUGACAAAAGAGGGCGGCACGUACUAUCUUGGGCGGCUGAAAGUGGUGAAACCCAAAUUGUUAAACAUUUAUUGACGAUAGAUCGACUGCAUUGUCAGAACCAGGAUCUCUCUGGACGAGAUGCCUUAUCGUGGGCUGCUGCUGCUGGGCAUCUAGAGGUAAUUAAACUGUUACUCGAGAGUAGAAAACUAAAAGUGUCUGGUAAGGAUAAAGAUCAGAGGAAUGCGAUAUCAUGGGCUGCAGGCGGUGGGCACUAUGAGGUCGUCGAUUACCUCAUCAAAUGUAACGGCACUGGAGCUGAUGCAGAAGAUGUUGACGGGUGGACACCAUUGGCAUGGGCGCUGGAAAAGUCCGAUCCAAGGACCGUUCAAGUGCUCUUGUCAUCAGGGAAAGUAGAUGCAAAUCGAAAGGACAAAAGUGGACGCACUCCACUCUCGUGGGCGGCAGCAUUAGGUCUCGAGGAUAUUGUACGCGUUAUUGUCGACGUUGAGGGGAUUGAUAUAUAUGCGCGAGAUAUAGACGACCAAACACCAAUAUCAAGAGCAGAAGCAUUUGGGUACGUAAAUAUUGUAGAUAUUCUGAAGAAUACACGCAAAGACGGAAUAUAGGCAAGAUAAUAAAUUCGAAGAUAAUGA